CAGCCUUCCCAUUGGCUUGCCCACUAAUCAAUCAUUCAGAGACAUUGCCAGGACUACUUCGCCAUUUAUCUUUUCCUUUACCAUCUAUCUGGUUCCUGCAGAUUCAAGAUCUGGAGUUUUGCUCUGCUCCAAGCAAAGCCAUGGCCUCCGAACAGAUGGUGCAUAUGAGUCAAGGACAAGGGGAAACUAGCUAUGCUCGCAACUCCAGUUUUCAGAAGGCUGAGCAGAACAGGAUGAAGUCCCUCAUAGAAGCGGUCAUCGCGGAGUUAUGCGGCAGCAGGAGUACCUUGUUGACUGGAAAGAUAGUGAUUGCGGACUUGGGAUGCUCCUCUGGCCCAAAUGCGCUAGCACUGGUAUCAACUGCCAUCAAUGCCAUCCACAGCCAAUGCGUUCACUUACAGCAGCCACCACCGGAAGUAUGCGUGCUUCUCAACGACCUGCCUGACAAUGACUUCAACACGGUGGUGAAGAGCUUGGUCACACUCCGUCAAAGCAAGGAUCCUGUUGUCCUGACCGGUGUCAUACCGGGGUCGUUUUAUGAGCGGCUCUUUACUAGUGACUCCUUGCAUCUUGUAUGCGCGUCCAACAGCUUGCAAUGGCUCUCAAAGGCUCCUGAGGAUCUAACGAGAAACCACAUCCCAGUGUUCGACACUGAUGAACAUGUUAGGCGUGAAAGGUUCCCAUUGGUCCGUGAAGCUUAUGCACAUCAGUUCAGGAAUGACUUCACACUUUUCCUGGAGCUGAGAGCCAAAGAAUUGGUCUCAGGAGGCCGAAUGGUUAUUUCCCUAGUAGGGACGUGUUCUGAUGUAAUUGCCUCCAAAUUCUUUCUUUUCCCAGGAAUUGUAGCUCAGAUUCUAAGUGCCAUGGUCGCUGAGGGUGCGAUCGACAAAGCAAAGUUUGAUUCUUUCUAUGUGCCGGUGCAUGGACCUUCCGGCGAAGAGGUGAGGGAAAUCAUUGAAGAAGAGGGCUCCUUUUCCAUCAGGGAGAUGCGGGCGCACGACCCUACAACCGAAAUGAACACUGCUCUGAGCACCCCAAGGAAGUUCGUGAAUAAUCUGAGAGCCUUAUUCGAGCCGAUAAUAGUCCAGCAUUUUGGAGACAUUAUGGAUGAAUUUGUGAGGACUGCGGAGCUGCACUGGAGCCUGGAUCCGGAUGGGAGCUUGCAAGAGGAGCGGACCAGAACCUCUCGAGCUAUGCUGGUUGUAUCCCUCGCAAAGGCAUGAUGAUGAGGUAAAGGUGCCUGAAGAUUACAUGCACCACAUUUGAUGAGAUCGUACUAUUGUUUACAUUGAGGCAACAAUGUGUGGCCACUUAAUUGUGUGAACUACGUCCUGUAGUAGUUGUGUGCCGCGAAGGUAUUUAUGGAUGCACCAAAUGAACUACCAUCCAAGAUAUAAAUAAGCAAAAUGUUGCUUCCUCUGUAAUAUUGUGAUGUAUGGUGUGCACAAAUUCAGCUUCACAUUUAUGUCAUGUGUAUGUUUUAGCAAGAUCUGCAGCGAGAGUGAAGCAGACGGAAAAUCAAAAUAAUAAUUGGCACUACUAGCACCACUC